UAUGGACAGUGUUUAGAGAAUUCUCUUGAUUUACAUACAAUAUGUACAUGUAAGCUUAUAAUUAUGUGUACAUUGUUGAUCGCACAUGACUACAUUGUUGUCUUCUUGUCUCCAGGCCACCAGUACCUUGUUCACACCUUCACUGGUGACAAGAGGGGUGCUGGAACUGAUGCUAAUGUCGUCAUUACCAUAUUUGGGGAAGAGGGUGACUCAGGAGAGAAGAAGUUAGAUAAUGCCAGAAAUAACUUUGAACGUGGAAAGAAAGAUUCUUUUAAAGUAGUGUGUGGUACAUAUCUUGGACGACUGACCAAGAUAAGGAUUGGUCAUGAUAACAGUGGGCUUGGCCCUGGCUGGUUUUUAAACAAGGUAACUGUUGAGGAUCCCAAGACAGGGGACGCUGUUGAUUUUCCAUGCCGACGGUGGUUUGCCAAAAAUGAAGAUGAUGGCCAGAUCUCUCGUGAACUGAGCAGAGCAGAUGGCCAAGAUGGAGACAUGGUUACUGAUAAAGGAAUUCCAUAUCAUGUUUAUGUCACCACUGGAGAUGUCAGAAAUGCAUCUACCAAUGCACGAGUAUAUGUUAUCCUUCAUGGUGGAGAAGAUGGUGAAAGCAAUAGUGGCAAACUGUGGUUACAAAACGAACAGAAGGACAACUUUGAGAAAGGAAGAACAGAUAUUUUUACUGUAGAAACAACAGAAAUGUUAAGUCCUUUGCAUCAUUUGACAAUUGGGCAUGAUAACAGUGGACUUGGUUCAGGAUGGUACUGUGAGAAGGUUGUAGUUGACUGCCCAAGCAGUGGUCACCAGCAGGUGUUUUUAUGUCAGAAGUGGCUGGCUGAUGAUGAAGGCGACCAGUUGAUUGAGAGAGAUCUCUACGAGUCUGAAGACAUGAGGCUGAAAAGACGUCCAAAAACUGUUUGGAAUGUGUGGGUGUGGACCAGUGACAUGAGAGGCGCUGGAACAGAUGCUAAUGUUUUCAUGACAUUGUAUGGAGACAGAGGAAAGACAGAUGAAGAACCGCUUGGUAAUGCCACUGAUAACUUUGAACAAGGACAACUGGACAAGUUUAAGGUUGAACUCACAAGCGUUGGUAAGCCGUACAAACUGAGGAUACGGCAUGAUAACUCAAAGCCAUUUUCUGAUUGGCACUUGGAGAAGAUUCAAAUGGAGAAUGCAAAAUCCAGCAUCAAGUGUUCCUACAAGUGUAACCGCUGGCUUUCCAAGAGUGAAGGAGAUCGUCAGAUUAUCCGUGAAUUACCAGCAAUCAUACAAGGAAAGGAACCUUUACCUGUUCAUGUUUACCACGUUUCUGUGUACACGGGUGACAAGCGUGGUGCUGGCACAAAUGCCAAUAUUUUCCUCAAUAUUUUUGGAGAGUUAGGUGACACUGGUGAUCGACCUCUGGAAGAAUCCAAAACUAACAUGAACAAGUUUGAGAGAAACCAGGUGGAUGAAUUCCUUAUUGAAGCAGUUUCACUGAAAAAUCUUGACAAGGUCCGUGUGGGCCAUGAUUCAACUGGACCAGGAUCGGGAUGGUUCUUGGAUAAAGUUGUCAUAAAGGAUCCAGAGGACAGCACCAAGGAAUAUGUGUUCCCUUGCAACAGGUGGCUUGCAAAAGAUGAGGACGAUGGUCUGAUAGUCAGGGAGCUUCCUCUUGGUGGCACAAGCCUCCUGAACACCACGUCGUAUCUUGUGUCUGUGAAGACUGGUGACGUCCGUGGUGCAGGAACAGAUGCCAAUGUGUUCGUCCAAAUUUAUGGCGCCAAAGGUGACACUGGUAAAUUACAACUACGAAGCGCUGAAAACACGAAAAACAAGUUUGAGCGGGGCAGGACUGACCAGUUUGCACUGGAGGCCGUUGACAUUGGAAAGAUUGAGAUGUUGCGCAUCUCGCAUGACAACAAAGGCAGUGCCGCUGGUUGGUUUCUUGAUGACGUCACAGUAGACAUACCUUCACGUGGUGAUCACGUGGUGUUCCCGUGUCAUCGCUGGCUUGCUGAUGAUGAAGAUGAUGGCAAAAUUGAACGGGAACUGUACCCGGGACAGCAAAUACAUACCACUGCCAAAAUACCUCACGAGGUGACGGUGUACACUGGUGACGUCAGAGGAGCUGGUACAAACGCCAAUGUGUUUCUUGUCAUGUAUGGAGAGAAUGGCAAGUCAGACCAGUUUGACCUGAGAAACAAGUCUGACAACUUUGAGAGAGCUCAGGUUGACAAGUUCAAAGUGGAGUGCGAAGAUAUCGGACCUCUUGUGAAAAUUCGCAUUGGUCAUGAUAACAAUGGGAUGCGGUCAGCGUGGUUCUUAGAGAAGGUGGAAAUUCGCCGCGUGAAGCCUGAGGACAACGAACCGCGGAAAAAUCGCAGGAAGUCUGGGGACGUGGAAGAGAUGGGUGAUGGCGAUGAGUACAACUAUCUUUUUGUGUGUAACCGCUGGCUUGCUCGUGACGAGGACGAUGGACAGAUCGUGAGGGAACUGGUGCCUAUGGACUCAAGUGGGAAACCAAGACGAGGCUCGUUAGCAGAAAACACCUAUCGCGUGCACGUGUUUACCGGAGAUGUUUCCAAUGCUGGCACGAAUUCCAACGUGUUUAUCUGCGUGUACGGCGAGCUUGGUGACACUGGGGAGCGGAAACUGGAAAAAUCCGAGACUCACAUGGACAAGUUUGAAAGGAACAAUGUAAGAAUUGCGUUCUUUCGUUUAUAUAAUAUAUAGAUUUAGGCCAGCCUAAAAGCGUAGCUCCUGGGCCGGGUUGGUCAGAGCCCGAUUAAGCGAACCCAGGCAAAGGUAAAAUUUUGAUUUUGUGUAACUUUGCAAUGAGGUUUUCUUUAUAUUGUUUGGCCUUCUGUUUUGAGUUUUAAUA